CAGAUAAUCAGCACCAUGGAGACCCAGGUGUCCAACGGCCCCACCAGUAACAGUGGCCUCCCCAACGGGCCGCCCCUGAGCGCCAACGGAGCGGCCGACGACAGCAAAACCAACCUCAUCGUCAACUACCUGCCCCAGAACAUGACGCAGGAAGAAUUCAAGAGCCUCUUCGGCAGCAUUGGGGAGAUUGAGUCCUGCAAGCUGGUCCGGGACAAGAUCACAGGGCAGAGUUUAGGUUAUGGUUUCGUGAAUUACGUGGACCCGAAUGACGCGGACAAAGCGAUUAACACCCUGAACGGACUGAAACUGCAGAUGAAAACCAUCAAGGUCUCCUACGCCCGGCCCAGCUCGGCCUCCAUCCGCGAUGCCAACCUGUACGUGAGCGGCCUGCCCAAGAGCAUGAGCCAGAAGGAGAUGGAGCAGCUCUUCUCGCAGUACGGCCGCAUCAUCACCUCCCGCAUCCUGGUGGACCAGGUCACCGGCGUCUCCCGAGGGGUGGGCUUCAUCCGCUUCGACAAGAGGAUAGAGGCGGAGGAGGCCAUCAAGGGGCUGAAUGGGCAGAAGCCGCUGGGCGCCAGCGAGCCUAUCACCGUCAAGUUCGCCAACAACCCCAGCCAGAAGACGGGCCAGGCGCUGCUGAGCCACCUGUACCAGACCACGGCGCGGCGCUACACGGGGCCGCUGCACCACCAGACCCAGCGCUUCAGGCUGGACAAUUUGCUAAACAUGGCCUACGGCGUUAAGAGUCCUCUGUCCUUAAUCUCCAGGUUCUCGCCCAUCACCAUUGACAGCAUGACCAGCCUGGCGGGCGUUAACCUGACAGGCGCCUCCAGCGGCGGCUGGUGCAUCUUCGUCUACAACCUGUCGCCGGAGGCGGACGAGAGCGUCCUGUGGCAGCUCUUCGGGCCCUUCGGCGCCGUCACCAACGUCAAGGUGAUCCGUGACUUCGCCACCAACAAGUGCAAGGGCUUCGGCUUCGUCACCAUGACCAACUACGAGGAGGCAGCCAUGGCCAUUGCCAGCCUCAACGGGUACCGGCUGGGCGACCGCAUCCUGCAAGUCUCCUUCAAAACCAGCAAGCAGCACAAGGCCUGAGCCUGGCCCGAACCGAGGGCAGGAGAGAGGAGCCGUGGCAGAGACUGGGCAGCCCCCCCCGACACCCCGACCUGAUGGAAAGAGAGACACGCCCCCCCCGAGCCUCCCGCCCCAUGGCAGGCACCAUCCCCCCCACCCCGUGAUGGGCACCGUCCCCCUCCCAGCCCCAUGGCGAGCCACCUCCAGCUGGCGCGCGAUGCCCCCCGUGGGGGAGCGGAAGGAAGCGAACGCCUCGCAGCCUUGGUGAGGAGCAAGAAGCCGCCGUGGGAGCAGUGAUGAGACAGCGAGGGGGGUGCCGGGGUCCCACCCCCUCCCACAGGCGAGGCAAACGUAAGCCUGACCCUCCCCCGUGCUCCUCCCCCACAACUGUGCCCCACGGCGUCGCGAGGACCCCAGCGGGGGCAUGAGAGGGGACCCCCCGUUAUGCACUGAAUUCCAAUGUCCCCUCCAUUUUGGGGUGCCUGUGGCUCUCCCUCCACAUCCUGGGCCCCCUGACAGCCAUCCUGAGGUUCCCCCACACCAACUGCCCCACACUUGUCCUGAGGGUCCCCUCCCAACAUUGUCCUCCCAUCUCUCCCCCUGGGAUUCCCCCCAAACCAAUUUUGUGGGGAGGGGAUUCCUGGCAGGGCCCCCAGCUGUGAUCAGUGAGUGCCUCUGGGCUGCGGGGGCAGAUGGGUGAGACGUUAUCGGGGGUAGGGGCUGCUAUUCCCAAUUAGUGCUGGGAUGGG